UUUGAAUUUUGUUCUACAGAAAAAUGGGAAUUUUUAGGUCAGAAGAUAUGAACUUGAUCAAAUGCGUCAUGUCGAAGGACUCUGCCUUCGAUAUAAUGGAAGCAUUUGGAGAACUAGGAGUCGCUGAUUUUAUCGACUUGAACAAACACGAGCAAGUUUACGACCUGCCGUUUACAAAGCAAAUCAGGCGAUGCAAUGAUAUUAUCAGGAAAAUAGACUUCUUGAUAGAAGUCUGCCAGUCCCAUGGGAUCGAGCAGAGAUCCCUCUCUAGUAUGGCAGACUUUGAAGAAGCGAAAGAAGCCCUCAGAGAAGAGUUCAAAACUAGCAAAUACGCAGUUUUUGACAAGAUUGAGAAGGAGUGCGAAGAAAAAGAAUCCUUUAUCAAUGAUCAGACCAAGAACAUCAAGGAUAUGUGGCAUAAUUAUAACUAUCUGCGAGAAUACUGAGAAGUCUUGAAGAAAGUCUCUACUUUUCUUCUAAAUUCACCCAAUAAUGUCAGGAUUAGCAGAUUCUCGAAUUGUGGAAGCGAUCCAGAGGAUCGCAAGAAAUCUGAUGAUAACUUUUUUAAGGUUGAUUCAGAGUCUUCGAAUGAAGAAAUAUCACCUGAAGGUUAUCAAGCCCAAAACAAGAUUCUUAACCUGAGCUAUCUAGCUGGGAUUGUCGAGAGAGAUGAAGUUGAGCGGAUGAAAAAGAUCGUCUUUCGUGCUUCCCGAGGAAAUGCUCUAAUUCACUCAAUGCCAAUAGAUAUCGAAAUCAAGGAAUACCUUGGUCAAUCUAAGCUGAAAGAUGUGUAUAUAAUCACUUUCCAGGAGGGAGAGACUCUUCGAGCAAAACUUGAAAGAGUCUGUGACUCUUUCAAUACCGAUCAUUACCAGGUCCCAAACGAUGAUAUCCGAAAUAAGAUUGAGCACAUUAAAGACAAGAUCAAAGAGACUGAGUAUUUGAUAAAUACAACAAAUAAUGAAAUGAGAGCUUAUCUUUGCAAAGUAUGCAAACUCAAAGAGACAUAUCUUGUUAAUUCAGGAAUAUCAAGACUGAUGCUAUACAAGCUUAUCUCUGAAUAUGAUAAGGCUGUCUACUUGAACCUAAACAAAUUGGUCCCAAAGACCUCACUUUUUCAGGGCUAUUUUUGGUCAGCACGAGGUUCAGGAGAAAUAUUGCAGAAACUAGAUCAUGAAGAAUGCUACUUAACUGAAAUACAGUUUGAGGAUAGUAUGAAUCAUAAGAUUCCUCCACCUACAUUUUUCAGAACGAAUGCUUUCUUGGACCCAUUUCAAGAAAUAGUUAACACGUAUGGAAUUCCGUGAUAUAAAGAAGCAAAUCCAGCACUGUUCACCAUUGUUACCUUUCCCUUCCUGUUCGGCGUUAUGUUUGGAGAUAUAGGCCAUGGAACAAUCCUGCUUUUGUUUGGAGCCAUCCUGUGCCUGUUCUCAGGGUCAUUAGAAAAUACAGCAUUGAAGGAUAUGGUAAAUGUGAGAUACUUGAUCUUACUGCUUGGUUUCUUUGCAACAUUCUGAGGGUGGAUUUACAAUGAUUUCAUGUCUAUUCCAGUAGAACUGUACGAUAGCUGUUACACUAUUAAUUCUAAAACUACAGAAGUCGCUCUUAAGCAAGACUGAGUUUAUCCAAUUGGAAUAGAUCCUUCCUGGUAUUUAGGUAAAAAUGAGCUCACAUUUGCUAAUUCAUUAAAAAUGAAGCUUUCUGUUAUUUUUGGAAUCGCACAGAUGUCACUUGGAAUCUUCUUAAAGGCGUCAAAUGCAGUAUAUUUUAAGAAAAAGUUGGAGCUUUACUUUGAAUUUAUUCCCCAAAUCACACUCCUUUGGUGUAUAUUCGGCUAUAUGAUUACUCUAAUCAUCGUGAAAUGGCUGUCUCCGUACCCGGACUCAAGCCAGGCACCUGCUAUUAUUGCAUACAUGAUUGAGAUGUUUCUAAACUUUGGGGCGAUAUCAGGAAAUGCUAUAAUCCAUAGCCAGGGUAUCAAUGAGGCUCUUCAUGUGCUUCUCCUUAUGGUCUCUCUGAUCUGUAUCCCAACAAUGUUGUGCGUCAAGCCAUACCUUCUUUGGAGAGAUAUGAAAAAGAGCCAUCAUGAGCCUGGUGAAAUUGAAAUGCAAGAAUUCUCUAGGGCGAAAAAGAACCAGUACCAUAGAUUUGAGGAAGAAGAAGACAAGCAGAUUGGCAUACCUGGUCAAGAAAAGGAAGAGAUUGCUGGAUUUGGUAAGAGAGCUCACGAGCAAGCUGAUGACUUUGGACACCAAGAAAGCGAUGCUUUGAAAGAGAGACUUUAUACUUCAGUGGCAGAUAUCAUGGGUGAAGAUAAUCACGCUAUUAGUGAAAUUGCUAUCCACCAACUUAUAGAGACAAUUGAGUUUGUGCUAGGAACUAUUUCGAAUACAGCAUCUUAUUUAAGACUUUGGGCAUUAAGUCUGGCUCAUUCACAGUUAGCAGCAGUGUUCUUCGAGAAAGUUCUAGAGGAGUCUUUUGUGAUGGCAAGUCCUAUAGGACUCUUUCUCUUAUUUCCAUUGUUCGCAACAGCUACCAUUGGGGUAUUAAUGUGAAUGGAUGCUAUGGAAUGCUUCCUACAUACUCUCAGACUUCAUUGGGUUGAGUUUCAGAACAAGUUUUUCAAAGGAACAGGGUAUAAAUUCAAAGGAUUUUCUCUGUCUGAUGAGUUACAAAUGCGUAAUAAUUAGUAAUUUAGGUGAGUUUCAAUAGGAAA